AUGAUUGAUUUUGAUAUUAAUAUUCAGAUAGCUUCUUCAUUAUUUAUUAUAUCAAAACUGAAUGUUGAAUCAAUGAAAACCAAUUCAAUGGUGUGCAGCAUUGAUUUAAUCAAUAAAAAUCAUAAUUUCAGUUUUGAUCUUGCAAAUUAUAACGAAAUUUCGGUGAUUGACAAAGAGUCUACAACUAUACAGAUCACAGGACCUUUGAUUCUGAAGAUGAAAUUCUUAGAUUCUUCAUAUGUUACUAAAUUUUGGAAUUUAAUUAAGAAAAUUUUUAUAUUAGAGUCGAUUCCUGAUACAUAUCCAAGAUUCAAAAUCAAUAAACAGCCAGUUGAGAAAGAACCCGAGAGUUUAACUUCAAAUAAAUACAAAGUUUUAUUUAAUUCAUUAGUACCGCGUUUUAAGAUAACGGAAUUACCAUCCAUACAACUACCGGAUCCAAGUAAACCCGGAAAUAUUGAACUAAAAACAAUUGUUGAUGAAAAUAAUUUUGAUUCAAUUUUUCCAUUUGAUGAUUCAAAGUUACCCAUCAGCCAUGUAUACAACCCAAGACAAUAUUCAGUUAGCAAUGCUGCUUUUACAAAAAUUCUUCUUAAAUACUUAGAAAAGUUUAAUGAUCUUGAAAAAUACAAAAUCCUUCGAAAUCAAUGGUCAAAGAUUUUACCAGAGCAGUACGAAUUAAAUGCACAAAUACAGACUUAUAUUAAUAAAAUUGACCCUAUUAUUUCAAAUUCAGCUCCAAAUCAGAAUACAAGACUACUUAUGAUGGAUGUCAUGUUGUCUAUCUUUAAAUACACUAAAAGCCAUCCUUACGAACCAUUUAUUUUCAAAAGUGUCCAAUAUUUUAUUGAAUCCAUGAAUUCGACAGAUUUUGUACACAAAAAGUACUGCGAAAAGAGUUCGAUUAUAUUUUGGCUUUCAAGAAUCGUUGCUGAAGGAUUUUUGUCAAAUUAUUCAACAACAUAUUUACUAAAGUAUGAAAUAACGCCUCUAAUAACUGAUAGAAUAUCAGGCAUGAUUGAAUUCUUCAAGGACAAAUCAAAAUUCUUGACUCCUGAGAACUCAGAAUUAAUUUUAGAAUUACUUCAAGAAAGAUUGAUGGAUUACAAUGAUUGGAAGAUUUUUAUAACAAAUUCGAUCAUAUUCUACAAGUUCCAAAGCAUUUACUUCGCUAGUAUCCUUAUUACUUACUAUUAUUAUCUUAUUAAAUUGAUUCCAACAAUUAAAAGCACCAACCAAGAACAAUUUAACAAUAAAAUGAAGGAUGCAUUAAAUGCUAACACAUUUUCCUUCUAUAUGGAAACUAUUUUUGAUAUUACUAGAAUUAUUAUCGAUUUGGCUCAGUAA